AACGAACCCAUCCACUCACUGUGUGUCCUUCCCUGUACUCUUCUCUCUCUCACUCAGAAAUCUGAAACCCUACAACAUAAUAUGCUCUGUCUCUGUCCGUCUCUGACUUCUACAAAUGACUCAACCAUCAGACCCCGUCAAACCCACCUCCAAACUCUCUCUUUCUUCCUCCUUUGCUCCCAAAUCUUUCCCCAAGCUUCACCCUUUAUCCCUUCCCUCCUCCAUACCCAAAACCUCCCACUCCUUCAAACUCCAGUCCUCCUCACAACCCCAGAACCCCAACCCACUUCCCUCCUUUGAUCUCACCAAAACCCUGAUCUCCGUCCUCCGCAUCAUACCCGAUUGGGCCGACGGCGUAAAAGAGCGCGGAAUGCGGCAAAGCCGCACCCUCUACAACCAUGAACAAUGGGUUCACCAUCGGAGCUCGCUUCGCCAUUUGCGCCACGUCUUCUCGAGCCUGUCGUCGCGAGUGAUUCUGUCGCUGGUGCCGCCCGUGAUCGCCUUCACUUCUUUCGCUGUGUUGAUCGCCGGUUAUAAUUCUGCGGUGUCGUUGCACUGGUUGCCGGGUUUCUUCCCAGUUUUGAAGACCUCGUCGUUGCCGUACCAGUUGACGGCACCGGCGCUCGCUCUCUUGUUGGUGUUUCGGACCGAGGCGUCGUACUCGAGGUUUGAGGAGGGGAGGAAGGCAUGGACCAAAGUGAUUUCGGUGACCAACGAUUUAGCAACGCAGGUGAUUUCUGGGGUUGAUAUUUCGGGUAAUCAUGCGCCGCUCAAGAAGGCGCUUUUGCAAUAUAUUAUGGCAUUUCCAGUUGCGCUUAAGUGUCAUGUGAUUUAUGGCUCAAAUGCUAGGCAAGACCUCCAAAAUUUUCUUGAAGUAGAUGAUCUAGAAAUAGUACUCAAUUCAAAGCAUCGGCCCUGUUGCAUUAUCGAGUUCAUCUCUCAAAGCCUCCGGUUGCUAAAGUUGGAGGAAUCAAGGAGAAACUUGUUGGAGUCAAAGAUUUCUUGUUUGCACGAAGGAAUUGGUGUUUGUGAACAACUUGUGGGUAUACCUAUCCCACUUUCCUACACUCGCUUGACUUCAAGGUUUCUGGUCCUCUGGCAUCUCACCCUCCCUAUCAUACUGUGGGAUGAUUGCCAUUGGAUUGUGGUUCCCGCUACUUUCAUUAGCGCUGCAUCAUUGUUCUGCAUAGAAGAAGUUGGUGUUCUGAUUGAGGAGCCAUUUCCAAUGCUUGCACUUGACGACCUUUGCAAGCUGGUUCACAACAACAUUCAGGAAGCAAUUGCAACUGACAAAAUAAUUCAAGCUCAGCUGACUGCAAAGUUAAGGAAUCACUCUAAGGAGCACUCACCAAAUGGUUGGCCUAAUUCUUAGAUGGAUUGGAAACCCUUUUCUUUUUUACAGUUCUUUGGAGUUGCUGCAAGGUGAAUUGUCUGUCAACUUUCCCUCACAAUUUUGGCCACAGAGCAUAGUGCCUCUAGAUUUCCCUGUUUGUGGCGGUGGUGGCUGGUUACCUGCAUCUUCUGUCAUCUAAUUUACAUACUGUGGUGGGGCUUUAGCAUUAAAGAAUGUAGAUAUGAUAUGGUUUAGUCCCAAAAAUUUGCUUUGGAUUAUGGUGUAUAUAUGUAUAUAAUAGUAAUGUGUUAAUAGAAUUAAAUCUCCAAUAUGAGCUGUUAUCAGUUUCUUUA